UGACAUCACUAUUAUGCGCUUCGUUUCGUUCGCAUUUCAGCGAGUCGUAUAAUUUUUCUGUUUUUGUGUUUUCAAUGUAAUUUUAAAUAGUAAAAUGAUUUUAUUACCGUCUAUAAGUUUUCUUUACUGAAUUUGACAAGUUUUGAGUCCAUCGCAGGGUCUUGCGAUGGACGUACAGGACGAUACAGUUUUGGACGUUGAUUUGUUAGCUGACGAUGGAUCCGAAGAAGAAGGCGAAGCCCCGCCGUCGUCAGAGUUCUACCCAGGACCUGGAUCAACACCGACGUCAUGCGCCUCAUCUCCUCGGGGGGAGGAGCCUGCCUCUCCUCACGGUGGGGUGUCGCAGCCUGCCUUCUUCCACCAUCAGACAUACACUCGGCCGUUCUUCACAUCAGGCCGUAGGGGGCCAGGACGUCCUAGGAAGGAAGGUCCUAAGCUGGUACGAGAAGGCAAGAUAGUCAGAAGAUAUAGAGGGGGGAAUGCAGGUUCUCUUAGGGGAGCCAAGCGGCACCGCGGGAGUCGCGACGACUCCCUUGAAGACAUGAUGGAUGACGAUGACUUCUCUAUUCCACCCCUGCCUGAAGAACCACCAUAUAUGCCUGAAAAAUGGCCAGGGAAGGUGUGUGCUUUAUGCAACUUAAGCGAACGCAGUCAGCUAGGACAAGGCGAGAUGCGGCAGGUUUCAUGCAAACUCGGGGAAGGAGACGGCAGCACCACUCCUGUUAUAUCGAACUCCGGCGGCGCGACUCCUACCAAUGCUACUACACCAUCGAGCACUCCUAGCACCCCUGUGACUCCUGGACUUGUAUCCCCGCCGCCUGAACUUGUGGACCCCAAUCAACAUCCUCUUGCGUUGCCUCUCAGUAGGCGCCAGAAAGCAUUCAAUAAGUGCAAGACUCCUCUAUACAAUAUGGAACAUACGGAUGAGUUAUCCAUCAUUGGGUUCCCAGAGAUCUUGGAAUUAGCAGGGGUUGUGUCAUCAGGGGCGCUGUAUGUCCAUCGGUGUUGUCUUGAGUUCAGCCCGCCCUUCCAAGAUCAAGUGUUUGCAGCCGCGAAUUCUGAUGAAGAUAAAGAGCAGUUGGAAGAGGCGAGGGUCAAGGGGAUCGUGACCGCCGCUCUGUCGAGGAAAUGUGCCUUUUGUAGCAGACAUGGUGCAAGCAUACCUUGUAAAAUGAGUUGCAGUAAAUAUUUUCACCUCCCAUGUGUACUUGCGUCUGGGGGUUUCAUGGAUUUCCAGAUCAAGUCUUCCUUUUGCAAGGACCAUCUUUAUCAAGUGCCUCUUAUUUGUACCGCAGACAUAGACUGUAGGACGUGUAGAACUAUCGGCGACAUAGCUAACUUGAUGACGUGCGUCACUUGCGGCGCGCAUUACCACGGCACGUGUGUGGGACUCGCCCAGUUGCCGGGAGUUCGUUCCGGCUGGUCAUGUCGCGGCUGCCGCGUGUGCCAGGUGUGCCGCGGCGAGGCCAGCACGGCCGACGCGAGGGCUGUCACCUGUGAACAUUGCGAUAAGUUGUACCAUGCGACUUGUCUGCGGCCUGUUAUGGCUACCGUGCCUAAGUAUGGAUGGAAGUGUAAGUGCUGCCGCGUGUGCUCGGACUGCGGGUCGCGGUCGCCGGGCGCGGGUCCGUCGUCGCGCUGGCACGCGCACUACACCGUCUGCGACUCCUGCUACCAGCAGCGCAACAAAGGCUCCUGCUGUCCGCUCUGCCGCCGUGCUUAUCGCGCCGCUGCCUAUAGAGAUAUGAUACGCUGUAUAUUGUGUAAAAGAUACGUACACGGAAUGUGUGAUCCGGACGCGGAACCACAGCAAUAUAGACAGAAGAAAGAAUUGAAUCCAUCAUAUGAAUACAGCUGUCCAAUUUGUAAGGCACAGAUGCAUCUAACCGGCUCCAAGUCUGGAUCUUUCGACGAAGAUACAGUGGCGUCAACAUCUCAGGAUUCGUCGUUCGGCGAUGAGAACUCGCAGCAAGAGCAGGAUCCUCUUGCGAUUGAACCAAAACCGGACGUGGGUCUCGGCAAGGGUAAACCAUUCACGGUGUCAGCAAAAGUGGCGAAAAAGAAGAUUGGAGGAUAUAAAUUAAAGGGCGGGUUCCCUCCGGCGGGCAAACUGGGUUUCCAGAAACGUCAGCGAUCAGUUCUGGACUUCGGAAGGAAGAGGGGGUCUAAACCAAAGAUGAGGGGAGUUUUUGGCGUACCAGGUCUUGGGCUGCAGAGACCUCAGGCUCCUGAUAAUAAAGCGCCUGAAGAUGAUCCGGGUGUGGAGAAUAAAUUAGUGUUGUGUUCGAGUAAAGACAAGUUCGUACUAACGCAAGAUCUGUGCGUGAUGUGCGGCGCUAUCGGGACGGACUCGGAAGGGUGCCUUAUCGCCUGUGCUCAGUGCGGGCAGACCUAUCAUCCUUAUUGUGUUAAUAUUAAGGUAUCUCAAGUGAUCGUGACGCAAGGCUGGCGCUGCCUGGACUGCACGGUGUGCGAGGGCUGCGGCGCCCGCGGGGACGAGACGCUACUGCUGCUGUGCGACGACUGCGACACCACGUGGCACACGUACUGCGCCCGGCCGCCGCUCGCCGACGUGCCGCGCGGGCCCUGGCGCUGCGAGCGCUGUCGCCGCUGCCUCACGUGCGGCACGCGCCAGACGCUGGCCUGGUGCGACAACUACACAGAAUGUGCCCCCUGUGCAUCGCUGGUGAUGUGCUGCGUGUGCUCGGAGCCGUACUCCGACGGCGAGCUGAUCAUCCAGUGCGAGGGCUGCCGGCGCUGGCUGCACGCCUCCUGCGACUCCAUCCGCAGCGAGAGUGACGCUGAAGUGUGCUGUCGAGCUGGCUAUAAAUGUGUCUUAUGCCGUGGCCGCGAGCUUCCACCGCCACACCUCGCGCGAGCCAUCGAGAACGGCUCAGCCACCGCCAGUGCGAUCUGCAACCCUGUGGCCUCGCGCCCAGUGCCCCGGCCCACGCCCCAGUCCCUCGGCCUCGCGGGCGAGUACUACGUCGACGACGUCUGCCUCUCGCAGCGCGGGGCCCAUCAUAUGAAGCAGUUGGAGGCCGAGAUGGGCAUCACGCACACGAGGCGUAAGCGUCGCUUCAAGAAUGAUAACACUGAGAAAGACGCAGAAAUAAUGGCAUCUAUUGAAACAGUGGUUCAGAAUGCAGACGUCGAGAUGGGAGAUGACUCCAAGCCUGACAGCACGGCUGAAGUUAAAGACGAACCGGGAGUACCAAACACGAAUUUCAAAGAAGGCAUCCUAUGGAACGUGGCCAACGACGGGCCUCCUCCCGAGGGCUUCACCAUCUACACCACAGACUCAGGCCUUACCGUACUGCGCAGAAAGAGGCAGAGGAACUUGAACAAGCUCGGUAUUGGUGGCUUUGUGGUUCGGCAGAGACAGACCACUGCUAAGGCUCAAGCUGAUGAGGAGAAAGACGGAGAUGGGACUCAGGCUUCUGGAGAAUCGCCGAGUAAUAAGCGCAAACCGCGUCGUAAGCCUCGUUCGAAACUGAUGGAGCAGUUUCCAUCUUAUAUGCAAGAAGCGUUCUUUGGUAAAGAACUGCUGGAGCCGACCAAAGCAGCCGUUUCGUCAACUGCGAAUCCAGCAGAAAGUCCAGGCGGUUCCCUCCGCCCAGCUACUCCGGAAGGGUACCGAGAGCUGCGCGACUUCAAGUGGGACCUCGACAACUCUGAUAGUGACGGCGAAGAUGUACUCGCUGCGUUAACCAGCUUUAAUGACCAUGAUACGUCGGUUAUUAUAUCGCUUAAUUCGGAUGAAGCCGAAAUCCUCAAAUCCCUGAAACCGAAAGACGAGAAAGAAGAUUCAUCAGCCACCACCAACUCGGACGGCACAGUGAAGAUAAAGACAGAAGCUGAUGAUGGUCAGCUAAAGCAUACAGAAGACUCCACAGCUUUGAAGAAUGCGAUACUUGGCCCGCAACCUGCUGAGGCGGAACAACCGCCCACUGUGGCCACUGAGAGCAUACCUACCGUGCAUAGCACGAAGACUGAGACUAUAAGCAGUGAAACUGGUGGUUCAUCUCAAGCAUCGACAAUAUCUCCGAAAGACGACCUCUCCCUGUUAGGCGUGAGUCUAGACGCUAUGGUACGCGACGGACUGCCCGACAUGGACAGCAAUGAUGUCGACGAAAUAUUCAAAGGAGUACUCACUGAUGAUUCACAGGAAUCGCAAGAGUCAUCGGUAUCGUACGUAAACUCCAUGGCAAGCACGCCGUACUCGCAACAGAGGCAGCAGCUGCAGAGCCCCAUGGAAUAUACAUCGCCUUAUCCUGAAUUUGGAGGCAGCAGCAGUAACAGUGCAAUGAGUCCACUGUUCUCGGAGAGCGGCAGCGGCAGCACAGCCUGGCCCGACACUGCCCAAGCACAGCCUCCGUCUUACAACCAGCGCAGUGCCGAUAAAAUGCGAGCUGAUGAGAGUCUAGGUUCAGCGGCGACAAUAUCAGCAGUCUUAUACGCCAACACGAACCACCCAGAAUGGAAAACCGAGUUUCCAAACUGGGUGGAUCGCUGCAAACAAAUCCUGAAGAAAUGGCGAGCGUUACCGUCCGAUCAGAAAGCGCCGUACUUACAACGCGCUAGGGACAACCGCAGCGCUAUACGUAUGAAGAAAGCCCAACAGCAGAGCUCGAGUAGCGGCGCGGGCGAGGCAGAGAGCAGCGCAGCGCCGGGCGGUGCGGCCAGCCCCGCGGCCGCCCCCCCUGCGGCGGCGCCCAGCGCGCUGGCGGGCCCCGGGGUGCGCGCGCCCAACGUCACGGUGACGGCGGGCGGGCUCCUGGAGGCCGACGCGCACAUCCGCGUGCUCACCCCCUCCGAGAUCAUGCGCACGCUGCCGCGCCUCGCGCGACACACGGAGCUUCACGCACCGAGCGCAGUCUGGCGCGAUGGUGCCAUGCAGAAGGAAUUGGAUGAUGCGUUUCAUGUGGAUUUGGACUGCGAGCAAGAACGCGCGUGCAACCAACAGCGCAGUGCUCGGGAGGCUGAACAAGAGCGGCAGUGGAAACAUCUGCAGCAGCAACGACAGCAACAGACGCAGCAGCAACAGCAGAUUAUACAUGAUCAGAGGAUGCAAGAAGACGGCCCACUAACCGGCACGUACGUCCUCCCGAAAGCAGCCAUGCAGAGGUUACGCGCUCCGGACGGCAGCUCGCCGCCGGGUGCCGGGGCCCCCGGGCAACUCGGGGCCCCGGGACAGCUUGGGGCUCCUCAGCUUGGGGCCCCGCCGCAGUCACCCGCGCCGCCGGCUGAGGCACCACGCAGCGCCUUCCCGGCACAACGCUUCCCGCUACACUACGGGAACAAUGAUGAUAUUAACAGACAGCUUAGAGAUUUGCUGCAAAGAAAUCCGGAGAAAAUGUGGACUGGACAACAUGAAGGAUCAUCGCCGGCCGCAGGUGUGGGUGAAGGGCAGCCGUUCCGUCAGCCGCUGCCGGUGACGCUGCGAGCGCGGGCGCCGCUCAUGCACACCAACAGACCUGACCACCACUUGAUCAUGCAGCAGCGUUUAGUGUCGGCAGAGAACAGUCAACUGCAACAAGCAGUACCUAACCCCGCCCAACAAAUGGUGGAGCAAAAACAAAACGUCAUACAGAAUAAUGCUCCCAGCAAUGAAAACAAGCAGGAGUCCAAUCAAGAACAGGGGACGGAUGAGAUGGAUAUGGGAGACAUGGACAAACUUGAACAAGAUGGCGCCAAUAUUGGAGAGGUGGGCGACAUACUAACGGGUCUAGGCGGAGAGGACGACGAAGAAUUGUUCGAGACACUCACCGCAGAGAUAGGGGAACAGUUCAAUAUACUAGAGUACGCUGACCCGGAGUUAGCUGCGCUCAAUGAUACGGAACAUAUACUGGAUGGCUUGGAGUUGGCUGAUGAUGGCAUGCCGGAGAGACAUGCUAAGAGAGAGCCUGAGGAUGAACACGAACAAACACAAGACAACAAGAUGUACAACGACCUACAAAAGGCCGUCAAGAACAUAGAAUCGAAAGCCGAAGUGAAGUCGGAACUCGAAGACGUGAAGCCGGACGUCAAGCUGGAAGCCCCGGCGACGCCCGCGCCGCAGCCCAUGUACAACGAUCCCGUGCAAAGAGUUAUUACGCAGAAUCAACAGAUGGCGUUACAGAAUGCGAUGCAAGCCAUCAAAUCGGAGGUUAAACUCGAAAACGAAGACAAGCCCCGGCCUGUGUUCACGCAAAUGUUCACCAACGCGCCACAGCGGCUUCAACUGCAUCAUCCGCAACAGCGUCCUCAACAAUUCGGACAGCCUGGACAACAGGUGAUGGGUCAGCAAGUCGUGCAGAGACCGCAAGUGCAAUUCACUGCGGCACAACACAUGCAUUAUGCUCAGGGCGGUAACGCGGGUCCCACGGGUAUCCCCGCGAGCGCGGCCAGCAUCGUGUCCGCCAUGACAGCGCAGGUCAACGCGGCGCUGGCGGCGGGCCGCAACAUCGCGGCCGGCACGCGCCUGGUGGCGGCCGACGGCUCGGUGGGCGUGGUCCGCGCUGACCGCACUGUGGCGCUCGCACAUCUGCCUUAUGCUGCAACAGUGCAAGGCGGGCAGGUGGGACAAGUCCAGACAGGGGCGGUGCCGGCGGGCGGGGCUAGGCCUCCGCCCCCGCCGCCCUACCCCGGCACUCUGCGCCAGCCGCAGCCGCCGCCGCCGCCCUACCCACAGCCCUAUGAGGCGGCGGACUGGGGCGACUGGCUGCACCGCCGCCCGCUGCUGCUGCAGGAGCAACCGUUGCUUCUCGAGGAGCUCCUGGAGCAGGAGAAGCGGGAACAGGAGCGCGAGGGGGGCGAGUGGGCGGCGCCCGGCUCCGCCCCCGCGCCCGCGCCGCCCCCCGCCGCCGCGCCCGCCAUCCCGCUGUACCUGGGCGUGGCGCCCGCGGCCCCGCCCGCGCCGCCCGAGCGCCCCGCCACGGAGGCGGAGCACCACGCGCGGCUGCUGUACGAGCAGUGGCUGAAGCAGUACAACGCCUUCGCCGCCGACCAGCAGCGCCACUACGAGGUCGAGGUUCAGAAGCUUCGCAAGAUCCGCAAGUCGCUGAACAGCAAGCAACGGCAGUUACGCAAGUCUGGCAACGAGCUACUGCCUAACGACGCGGCUGAACUGCAGCGCGUAUCUACUGAACAGCAGGCUCUACAGAAGCAUCUCGAAGCUGCGCGCAAGCAAGCUCGUCAGCACAGCAUGCUGAUACAGGAAUAUGAAACCAAACAGCGCCAGCAAAACCCUCAACUGGCCCAACAAAGUGUCAUAAACCAGCAACAAAUAACGUCCAAUCAGACGGUAUUCGCUCAGAAUCAGAACAUGAACCAAGGCCAGCAGGUGCAACAACAGGCCACGAUCAACCGGCCGAUGCAACUUGGCCUACAAGGAGCCACAAUACAGCAACAACAGAUAAUACGUACUCAACAAACCGUGAUUGGUGCUGAUGGUCAGCCGAUAUCUCAGCAAAGGAUAGGCUUGGUGACGUCACCUUUGAAUACACAGGGAAGAUUAUUGCAAGGUGGUCGUACUCUCGUGAUUGAGCAGUCAGGGGCUCCCCAGCAGCAGCUUGUUAGACAGUUAUCAGGAGUCCAGGAAAGACCUCAAUCUGUAGGGGGCAUGGUCCAAUUUGGUCAGCAGCAAAUGGCGGGAGUGAGAGGGUCUAUGCAACAAGGGCCGCAGACGCCGAGAACUCCUGGCGCCAGACCAGCGAUGUCUCCUCUCCACGUGCAGUCGCCACAUUCUCAGUCUCCACUGCACUCUCUGGCGCCGCAAUCUCCGCUGCAUCACUUGACGUCACCGAUGCAGUCGCCGCUACAUUCUCAGCAGUCUCCCUUACACCACACGUCUCAAUCACCACUGCAUCCGUCGACACAAUCACCUCUACACACGCAACAAUCACCGUUGCACUCACAGCAGUCGCCGAUGCACGUGCAACAGACCAACAUGCCGCAACAGUCGCCGAUGCAUCCACAACAGUCACCUAUGCACCAGUCUCCGAUGCAUCCGCAGCAAUCGCCGAUGCAUCAGCAGUCGCCGAUGCAUCCUCAACAAUCUCCGAUGCAUCAACAGUCACCGAUGCAUGCGCAACAGACUCAGAUGUCGCAGCACUCGCCGAUGCCGCAGCAAUCGCCGAUGCACUCUCAGCAGUCGCCCAUGCAUAUGCAGCAGUCGCCGAUGCAUACACAACAGUCUCCGAUGCAAACUUCGAUGUCGCCGCAACACUUCUUGCAGCAACUGCAAGCUCAGAGGACUAGUCCUCAACUACCGACGCCCAGUCGAAGUCCUCAGAUAUAUCAACAAUCUCAAAUUCAAAGUCCAGUGGCUUCACAUUCGCCGCAAAUGCAAAAUGUUGAUUACGGAACGGGGAGAUUUUCUCGGCCCGCUCCCGGUUGUUCCCCUCUGCCAACUCGAUUUGCUAGACCGCCACAUCACCAACAAGGAAUAAGAGUUGGCGGUCCUUUCGGUGGUCGACAACAGACUUCGCCUCUCGGAAGCCCACAGCCUCUACCGUCGCCCGGCAAUCCGGCUAAUGAGAUGGCUCGUCAACAAAUGCUACAACGGCAACAAUACAGUCCAAUGGGUGGAGCUCCGGCCUCACCAUCAGUAGCUCGUUCACCCCACGUAGCUCGUACUCCAACACCAUCCGCCUCCCCGGCCGCAUCACCCGCACCCGGUGGCAUGCAUGAGCAUGGCGGAGGCAUGCAUGGCCCCCAUGCACCGGGCAUGCAUGACCACGGCGGGGGAUUACAUGGACCACACGCCCCCGCACCAAUACCACCCGGAUACAGGUAUUUCAAACCUGGUCUAUUCGGAGGGGCACCCGGAUGGCCACCCAGAGAAGAAGAUAGGCGUAGACCCGCGCAUUUGACUAAAGUAUCGAUCCUCAAGCGUCGUACACCACCACGGCCACGUAUGUUAGGUACAGCGGCUACUCAUCAUACUGAUAGAGAGGAAACCGACCCUACUGCAUCCCCUAGUUCCGCUGACGCUCGAAGCUACGUAGUCUACACACCCGAUGCCUUAGAAUACGGACCACGAACUUCCCGCAGCGAUGAACCACGAUCAUCACUCACUCGGUCCGAUGAUGAUGACGAUGUGGAAGAACUAGUAGAACAUUUAGAUGAUGACGACAUAGUACUUGUCGAACCUGAUGCGAUAUCGCCAGAGGAACGCAUCGCUACCGAGGAAGACUUUGAAGAGCUGAUAGAUAGCGGUAAGCCUGAUGAUGAAACGGAAGACGAGACCGCUGAAAGAGCUCCGACUCGUACUGAAACUACUACGAAAACCGUGGCUGUUAUUAGUUUAUCUACAGGAAAGCAGCCAGCUAGCGUACAGCAAUAUAAGAUCCUUAAGCCGGGCACUGGUUCCCGCGCUCGCUUGCCACUACUAAGUGCGACAAUGCUUUCACCACAUACAAACACUAAGAUACUUGACGAGGUCUCACAGGCGACUGUCGCCUCCGUCUCGAUAGCCAAUCAAACCAUUUCUGUUCCCGUACUGAAGAACCUGUCAGUACCCAUAGCUAGCGUGGCCAGUCAUGUAAGCGGAGUCGGAAAAACGCAGAUGAAAAAAGUUCCAUUGAAUUUAACUAAUCCACCUCUGACGAUCAACAUGUCGACGCCACCGCUCUCCAAGCCAAUAAGCUCAGUUAUAAGUGUAAUUUCGUCAAAUGUACCGAAAGUAGCUAAUGUAAACCCACCACGGGUACCAGUCUCGAUAUUGACACAACACCAAGUGAAACAAAAGAUAGUUAAAACUAUCGAGAAACCGAUGAUGCUUGCCUUAUCCAACUCCAAGCUAUCGAGCUUGUCUGUAACUCACGAUGCAACAUUACCGGCUAAGAUAUUCCAAGAUGACGCGGCGUCACCUGACAGUACUGUGUCAUCUGAAAAUAAUCCGGAGAAAGAUAUCAAUACUAACCCCAUGACAUCGACGUCACAACAGUUGACAUCACUGACAGCUCAGGGCACAUCGCAAAUGGAUCAGAGACCUGGAAUAUUUAAGGAGCCAAACAAAGAUAUUGACAUUGAAAGUGAAAUCAGUCAGCAGACGGAACUGCCGCACACGUUGUGUCUAAGCGAUAGAACGCCGUUAUUACUAGGAAAGGCUGACAUAAAGAGUCCUGAUCCUAUUCCGGAGAAAAUUCCUGACAAUAUUAUGGAGGGCGAUGAUGAAGAUAAACCAGAGGACAACAUACAGACCAACUUGCUGCUGACUUAUAAUAAGAGCAUUUCUGAGCCGCCGCCACCACCUCCGAUGGCUGAGAGUAAACCAGAAGAGAAUGUGGUGAAAACAAUAAAGGCGAUCGCUAACCAAACUAAAGAAAUGGUUAUAGACUCAAACAUGCAGAUAACCUCAGACAUGGCUCAAGAUUCCGUGCAAAUAUCCAUUCCAUCACCGACGCCGUCUCAAGAGCGGUACUUAAAUGACAUUACGAUGCAGGAACACCACGAGACAGCAGAGAAUACCAAGCAUGUCGAGACUUUUGAAGACAUGCUUCAUAUUCUUGAAAACAUUGGCGACGAAACCAAAACUUAUGGCAUGAAACAACAGAAUCCUAAACCUGGCAAUCAAAGUGCCCAAAAUCCUAAUAUCAGUACUCCAAAACCAGAACAAAAGGAAAGCCAGGAUAAUUCAGGUUUUACGAAGCGAGAGCCAGAGAGACUGGCGCUGCAGUCGGCGACUGUACCUCAACUGUCGCCGCUCUCGCAACCCGCCGAGCUCACGUCCAACAUGGUGAAUGUAUCACAACAGAUUAGAACCAUCAUGUCAUCACUUAACCCCAAUACUUCUAAAGUGGACACACAACCCGUCAUGAGGAAAAACAGUGACGCCACAACACCAACACAAGUUAAUUUUGAAAAUUUGCUACCAUCUUCCAAGGUUGAGGUGGCAGCGUCUAGGCCUUCGCCUAUACAAAGAAUUGAUAGUAAACCCAUCACAUCUAUCCCGAGCUCCGAGAGUUUGCCCAUGAGCGCCGCGCAGGCUAUCGGCUCUCGAGUUAACACUCUCUCAUCGAUCGGACAAAUGCGCAAGUCGCCCAAUGUCUCACCCAUUAACUCCCCAGUAAGCUUACAAAACUCACUAAUGAAAUCUCCCGCACAGAUGAUCUCGAAUCAGUCAUUCUCACCCAUGGAUGACACUGGAUCUACCUCGGUCGCUUCUCAAAUAAUUCAGAUGCCAGCUCUCUCGAAAAUACAUAGUUCCACUGCAGCUGCUACAAUGAUACACUCGAAUAACACGAUCACUACUAGUAUGAGUGGGUUCCAGAAGAAUCAGUCGUCACUGCCUACAAGCAUACUAGGUCACACGUUACUACAACCUACAAGACAAAUAAAUACUAGUAAUCUACCGUUCAGUCAGCAAAGUAUAAGUUCUAGUCAGCCGCCAGCCCUAGUCAUGACAUCUAGACCAAUGAUGGGUAACAAGGAGCCAGCUCCGAACGUUACUGUGCGUACUCAUAGCAUUGUUAGUUCAGGGAUCAAUCAGAUACCCGCCAAGCCUGCCCCGCCCGGCUCCAUCAAUUUCAUUACGUCAUCGAAACUGCUUCACACGCAACUGACCUCACCUCUAAAGAGAUCUAAGUCUACAGAUGAGCCAAAGAGUGAAGUUAUUGUGGGACAUAUUCAACCCACGAAAAGGCAUAGCGUUGAAGCUGUCGUAGUCAAGUCAGAGCCCAUGGAGACAGAUGAGCCAGCCACUUCUACAACCACUACGACAGAUGCAUCAAAUAAACACAAUGUGCAACAGACUACAGCCAACCAGAAGAAUGAUGAGUCUCAGAACGUGUUGCUGAAGCAACUGCUUCAAACCACCACUGCCGCGGCUACAGUUGUCCCUCAACGUACACUGACCAUACAGAGAACUGCGCCAGCAUUGGGCACCAUACCGUCUCUAGAAGCUCAGCUGGCAAGACCUUCAAUACCGCCACCAACAUUAGCUUUGACACCAGAAGUAGAAAUACCAAAGAACUCCCCACGACAUAAUAUAAUGACUAGUAGCGUAGUGAACUCGCCGUUCACCACCCGGCCCAUUCAAACUAUUCCCACUUCCUCAAUAUCCCCACUGACUCAAACGUCGACGCAAUCCUUGAUGGAUGUUCGCAAGCCGCCUAUUAAAAUGAUGAGCAAAGAGGAGACCACACCCAUACCAGAAAGCUCACCCACUAUGAAAACUAUGCAAAUGUACCCAAUGAGCAUUGAGAAUCAGCAGCUACAACAGGCUAUAAAGAAAGAAAUCGCUCCUCCUCAACAAAGUCCUGUUCACAGGCCGUUUACUCCAAUGGAUGUAAAGAAAGAGUUGCUAGACGAGAGCUCUCAGCAAUCCGCCACUUCUGGAGUAUCAACCGCGUCUGAUCAGGGUAAACUUGACCAGCCUAUGAAAGAAGAAUUCACUGAAAAUGUCAAUAUGGAUGCGUCUUCAGAAGCCAAUGCUCCCGAGACUCCAUCGGAAGCUAAGAAGCGUAAACGACGUGAAUAUCAACAGAAGAAACGAAAACAAAUACAAAUGAACAUGAAAGCUGCCGCUGAAAACAACUUGAAUGCGGCUAAUGCUAAGAAGAGACCACGCAAGGGCUCCCGAUAUGAGGAGGACUACGAUACAUUUAUUGAUAACCUCAUGACUCAGUUACGUUUACUGCCAGCGAUGCAAAUUCAAGAACCCGCUCUUACUACAAACUUUGCGGUUUGUCCACUAUUCGGCUCUGGAGAUUUGACAAAAUUAAAAAAUAAAGACUACGAUUUACUAAAAGGCGACUUAGUUGGUGAAUUCGGUAAUGCAAAAAUACCUAAUGUUGGAGAUUAUUACAAUACGAAGCCAUUUGGGGAAGAGGAACCUCUGCCUGAGAAACCUCCAGCGUCCACUCAGAGAGGCUUCUACGACCAAGAGUUCCAGCCGAUUCUAUUUGAUGAUGACCCAGAGGAUAAGAAAUUGGACUUCAUCUGUAAAGAGAGAGAUACGGACACGCCUGAUAGCAUUGUUAGCUGCUCGAGUCCCGAAUGUCUCGAAACUGAACCUCCCAACCGGUUCCCUGGCCUCAAACUCAUUGAUGAUGAAGAAGAGGAUGAAGAUAGUGACUCUGCUUCCGGACGCAUUUCACCUAUAAUACCUAUUAUUGCGCCAGUACCCAUCAGAGUAAAACCUGUGUCUUUGUACCAGUCGAAGGAUGAUGACGAGAAUUCCAAGGCGCUUAAGACUCUCGACACUGACGCCGCCAAGGUUAAGGGCGGAGACUCGCCUGGUAGUACCGAAACAAAUGAAAAUGUCACCGUCACGCUCACCCUCACGUCUGGAGCUGCUGAAGAUAUUCUUGGCGUACUCAAAGAGCUCGCCGGAAUCUUACACAUUCCACCACCUACGUCUUAUCAAAUCAUAGAAAGGACAGCAACUCCACCAUCGCAUAAACUUGGCCUCUACAGGUCCAAGGGUAAGGAUGGCAAAGAGGGAACUCCAAUUGAUAUCCAAAGCAUUCUGAACGGAGCGGCCAAAUUCUGUCGUCAUUGUGACGUGGUUAUCCUUGAUUCAGUAGUAAGAGCUAAAGCAUCUGAGUUCCCGUUACUCUCCGCCAACAAAGGUAACGCCGAAGAAAUUCUUUGUGAUAGUGAUUCAGAACUAUACUUCUGUAGCACACAAUGUUACGAAAGCUUUGCGUGGCGUCCUACUAACAUCAUCCUUGAUGGAAAGACUAAGACAGCCGUCAAGGAGGAUACGAAGUCUGAAGUCGACACCAACUUAUCUAAAGACCGAGAUGAUUUCGAUACAGCAUCCACUGAAAGCAUGGAGACUGAUGAUUUAGACAUAAAGCCAGACAUCAAAGACGAGAAAAUGGAUUUGUCGUUCAUGGAUUCUUUAGAUAACGACGAACUGAUGAAGGAGGUCGGUGAUGACGUCAGCGCGCUCGACGAAGACCUGAAGAGUGAGCAAGAUGACAAGAGUAACCAAAGCACGGAGAGGGAGAAAUAUAGAGGUGUUCGCUAUAAGGCGUGGUCGCCAGGUUGUAUUGGCCCGCCUGUGAAGUACAAGCGACCGACUGACAGAGAGCUCACUGAGUUGGUGUUCCGAACUGGUGUCGCUAUCAUGCCGGUAACAAAUGAAGACGCUCGGCGCUGUGAAUUAUGUGGUAUCCAAGGCGACGGUGUCGCGGACGGCGUGUCACGUCUACUGAACUGUGAUGUAAACCGCUGGGUGCACUUAAACUGCGCUCUGUGGUCGGAAGGCGUCUACGAGACCGUGAGCGGCGCUCUCAUGAACGUAGAAACGGCACUAGCAGCUGGAUCCAAUGCUACGUGUGCCGUUUGCCGUCGACUUGGUGCAACUGUGCGAUGCUUCAAAGUUCGUUGCGGCAGUGUCUACCAUCUCGGCUGCGCGGUUAAAGACAACUGCGUCUUUUAUAAGAACAAGACUGCUUUCUGCGCAUCGCAUGCACCCAAGAAUGAAAAAGACAACGAGCUAACGACCCUCAGCGUACAGCGUCGUGUGUACAUCUCUCGCGACGAACAACGUCAAGUGGCUUCCGUUAUGCUGCAUUCUGACACCAACCAUCUCAUCAGAGUAGGAGGACUGAUAUUCCUGAGUCCUGGACAUCUGUUGCCACAUCAGCUCGCGGCAUUCCAUACGCCGAAUUACAUCUACCCUAUUGGAUACAAAAUUGUCCGCUUCUACUGGUCGAUGUCCCGCGCGAACUGCCGCUGCCGCUACCUGUGCUGGAUCUCGGAGGAGGCGGGGCGGCCGCGCUUCCACGUGCGCGCGCAGGACGAGCCGCGCAACGAGUGCGCCGCCGCCACGCCACGGGCCGCGUGGGCUAAUGUAUUAGAUGCCGUAGCGGCAUUACGCGAAGGAAGACCCGAAGAAGGAGUACUGAAACUGUGGCCCAACUAUGUGACUGGAGAAGAUCUGUUCGGUUUGACUGAACCUGCCGUCGUCAGGGUACUUGAAAGCUUACCUGGCAUAGAGACGCUGACGGACUACCGCUUCAAGUUCGGUCGGUCAGCGCUACUGGAGGGCGGGCUAGCCGUGAACCCGUCGGGCUGCGCGCGCUCGGAGGCGCGGGCGCGCGCCGCGUGGCGCCGCCCCACGCGCAGCCUGCUGCCCGCCGCGCCCGCGCCGCCGCCCAUGCCCGACCACCCCGCCUGCCCCUACUCCAAGCAGUUCGUGCACACCAAGAGCUCGCAGUACAAGAAGAUGAAGAGCGAGUGGCGGAACAACGUCUAUCUCGCCAGGUCUAAAAUCCAGGGGUUGGGUUUGUACGCCGCCCGGGACUUGGAGAAACAUACCAUGGUCAUCGAGUACAUCGGAGAGAUUAUUCGCUCCGAGUUAUCGGAAAUACGGGAGAAACAGUAUGAAGCUAAGAACCGCGGCAUCUACAUGUUCCGCCUCGACGAGCGGCGCGUGGUGGACGCGACGCUGUCGGGCGGGCUCGCUCGCUACAUCAACCACUCGUGCCAGCCCAACUGCGUCGCCGAGACCGUCGAGGUCGACCGACAUCUGCGCAUCAUCAUCUUCGCCAAGCGACGCAUCGCGCGCGGGGAAGAGUUGGCAUAUGACUACAAAUUCGACAUAGAAGACGACGCUCAUAAAAUAAUGUGCAUGUGCGGCGCGCCCAACUGCCGCAAGUGGAUGAACUGAACACCGAACCCGAACUACUGUCGUCACAUACCUGCACCGGAGACUGAACCCAUACACGCCCAGUGUGCACUCGCACCGUUGGAUAUUCAUGUCUAGAUGUAAAUACUGUAGCACAUUUACCUCUACACAUUGAUAUACAACCAUACUCGGUUUUAAUUUAGCGUAGGAAAGGCUAUGAUACCUAGUUUUAUGUACCAAAGUGAUUGUACUACAUGUAAGUAAAUAAAUCAUUAUUAUUAGACUUAUUUAAACGAUUCACUCUGUUUAAGCUGAUGUGUGAUCUAUGAAUAAGACAAUAUCAACAGACUUACCGGUAAUCUUCAAUUUUAUAACUAUUAUAUUUAACUGUCGCGGUAAUCAAUCGGAUCGGAAACCUUUUUUUGUAAAUAAUAUUAAAUCAAUAUAAAAAGUUGUUAUUGAAUUUUAAAUGUUUUAGAUGUGGACGUUUUACGAGAGUAGAGUAGAAUAAGUGUAUAAUUUUAUUAUGUUAUGUGUAUUUUAUGGAUGUUUUGUGUCGCUGUUUUAAAUGAUUUUGUUAAUUAACAUUUAUUUGAGAAGUAUCGCACCUAGAUCGUCACAGGCAAUCAAUACUUGCGUAUACGCACCGUAUACUUGUAAAUCUCAGCAGUGACUAAUUGUUAGGUUAAGUUACCAAAUAGACGAGUCUGCAUUUAGUAUGCAUAGAGCACAAUUUAUUUAGCGAUAUUAAUAUCCUCUUUAUUAGAAAUUAUCGAGGGCCCAGUGUUAGGUAGAUGAACGCGUUUCAUGAACAGGGUAGUAAUAUAAUUUCUAAUGGAGCGGCACGCGACGCCACGAUGUGCCUGACCCGUUGUUGUUGAACUCCGCAGCUUAGAUCUGCGGAACACAUCGCGCCUUCCGACGGUGGACGAACUUUAAUGUAUACUGUUGCCUGUUUGUAUGUAUGAGUGUCCGCGUGCGUACUUUUAUUCACAUGGUUUAUCGCAUACUGCUCAGCAGGACAAGUGUUAGGAGAAGGGUUCAUAUAUAUUUUCGAGAGAAGACAUGACAUUUAGUGAUGAAAUUAUUUUACGAAUAUUUACUCAAAGUAAUGGUUUAUACAUAGUGCCACCGUCUCAAAUAAAUGGUGUGAAUAAAACAACGUGCACAUAUAGUAGUUAGUGUAAUUAUUUAUGUAAUAAAUUUAAUGAAUAGUCCCAAAUGUGAUAUUACCUCACAUAAUUUCGCGUGAACUUCACUAUGUAGUGGCCAUUAUAACCUACUAGGUUAGCUUGUUGCGUUACCGCUACGCUCGUGCGCGUACGACGUCUGUAGAGUAUCAGGAAUGUACCGAGGCGCUUGUAAGAUCUGGUUAUAGAGAAAUAUUAUAUAAUGUAUGUAUGUAGCACAAGGAAUUAUGUAACGCAGGUCGCCGUCUACCAAUGUUAUAAAUUCAUGCAAUGUAAUUUUAAGUGUUAAAUGUGCAAUAUCAUAUCUUGAGUACAGAUUGUAAAUAUGACUAGCGCAGUGAUGAACAUUUGAAUAUGUAAUCAUGGAAUAGAUAUGUUUUAUGCAUUGUUUGUAAUCAGUUAUACACCACUCAUCAAAUGUUUCCAUCGAUUUUAUUUAAAGCAUUCCCAUACAUUAUGCACUAAAGUUUGACUCAAAUUAUUAUUUUCAUGAGAGAACAUUUUGAAAGUUGUAAAAUUAUGUACUUUAGUAAUAUUCUAUACAUUAGUAUUUUUAUUGCAUUAUUUACCUAUAAUUAAAAUUUUAAUUAGUAUAAAA